GUCACACCACAGACACACUUGCAAUCGAUAUCAGGAAAUGUGAUUCCGUCUUGGCCAAUCGAAAACGAUUAUAAUAACUUACAUUUCAGAAUAGAACAUAAAUCUAUAAUAUUGACGUGGAUAACAGUCCAUAACCAUGUCUACCGUGAGUGCCGCCAGCGGCAGCAAUGCCACCAGUCCGCCGGAGGAGACACCCGUACGGCCGGAGCCGAUUUUCCGAGAGAUUAAUGCGGAGCAGGCGGAGGAAGUGGUUGAAAUCGAGUCGGCCUGCAUGAGGUGCUUCCAGACGGGCGUCACCCGGCUUUUGCCCACUAAGAUACCCUUCUUCCGGGAGGUCGUCCUUAUGUCCUUCAAGUGCGAAGAAUGUGGCUACAUCAACAACGAGAUGCAAUCGGCCUCCGAAAUCCAAAAGGCCGGCGUUCGCAUCGAGUUGCUGGUUCAAUGCGUGGCCGAUCUUAACCGGCGGGUGGUGCGAUCGGACAAUUCCAGUGUCAGCAUACCGGAGGUUGAGCUAGAGAUCCCAGUGCAGUCGCAGAAGGGUGAGGUGACCACCGUUGAGGGCAUCAUCGAGCGGACGAUAACUGGCUUGACGCAAGAUCAGGAGAAGCGGCGCAUCGAUCAUCCGGAGGCUGCCGCCUCCAUUGAUGCCUACAUCGAGCGGUUGCAGCUACUGAAGGAGGUUACUACGCCAUUUCGCCUGAUCCUCGAGGACAUCUCUGGCAACAGCUUCAUUGAGAAUCCACUGGCACCCGCUUCCGAUCCGCAGUUAAAGACAUCGCACUUCACCCGCACCCAGGAACAAAACGAGCAGUUGGGCCUGUAUGAGCAGAACCACGACGAGCAGCACUUGCUGAAGCCCAUUGCCGAGGAUUCGUGGCCGAUUGAGAACCUGCACGGCGAGGUGCUGCAGUUCCCUACCAACUGUCCAAACUGCCAGGCCCCCUGCGAGACGAACAUGAAGCUAACGAACAUCCCGCACUUCAAGGAGGUGGUGAUAAUGGCCACCGUCUGCGGCUCCUGUGGCCACAAGACCAACGAGGUAAAGUCCGGCGGCGGUGUAGAGCCGCAGGGCGUUCGAUUCCGUGUGCAGAUUGCCAGUAAAGAGGAUCUGACCCGGGAUGUGCUCAAGUCGGAGACGUGCAGCCUUUCGAUCCCGGAACUGGACUUGGAGGUGGGUCCGCAUGCGCUGUGUGGACGCUUCACCACCGUUGAGGGACUGUUGGCGGCGAUGCGGGAUCAGUUGGAUGGCACCUUCUUUCAUGAUUCGGCCGACGAGACGGCCAAGCAGCAAAUGCAGCGGUUCCUUGAAACCUUCGACGAUGUUUCGAAUCUAAAGCGAGUAAUUACUCUGGUUCUGGAGGAUCCGGCCGGCAAUACCUAUGUGCAAUCGCUUAGCGACGACGACGCUGAGCCGGAUGAUAAGCUCGUUGUGGAGCGCUACGAUCGCUCCUUUGAGGACAACGAGGAGCUCGGUCUGAACGACAUGAAAACGGAGGGCUACGAACAGGAUGCGUGAUGACUGUCCUGAGUGUCGAACUCUGCAUUUACAAGUAAAUUAAGCACAUACAAGUAACGGUUAAGCAAAAUAUUAAUUUGUGUAAUGUUCUUGAAUACAUUUAAAAUAGCAAAAAUGCAAAAACAAUUUUAAAAAGGAAAUAAAAUCUAGUAAUCUGUAAUAAUA